AGAUCACGGAUUCAGAAAUGAUGACAACCAAUCGUUUUUUACCUAGAGCAUGAUCGUAUUUUGUAGCGAGACAUGGCGGCUAAUGGGAAAGACCAUCUUCUUGAAAUUGUUUCCAAAGUUUGGCCCAUCCAAACUGCACAAUGUGAACAGAAAGUGAAACACAGAAAGGUGGAAGUUUUCAAAAGGGCUGAUCCAGAGCAACUGCGAGAAAUAUUUUUGAAAUAUGCCAGCGUGGUAGAAGGUGGGGAGCAUUAUAUGACCUAUGGAGACCUCAUACAGCGGUACCUGAAGUUCCUCGGGGAUAACUGCGAUGAUUUCACGCUAAAGUUGUUUGCUUCCAGUGUGGAUACUUCCAGAGAUGGGAAGAUUUCCUUCACAGAGUUCCAGGCCUUUGAGGCCCUUCUCUGCCUGCCGGAUGCUAUGUAUGCCCUCGCCUUCCAGAUUUUUGACAGGAAUGGAAAUGGGUAUCUUUCAUGUGAUGAAUUUGAAGACAUCAUAAAACACACAACACUCAACCGAGAAAUUCCCUUUAGCUUCAACAGCGAGUUCAUCAAGCUUCAUUUUGGGAAAGACAAAGAACGGAAAAUUACUUACACAGAGUUCACGCAAUUGAUCCAUGACUUUCACGAGGAACAUGCCUUGCAAGCUUUUCGAAGACGUGACAAAGGGGACACAGGAUACAUCAAUGCGAAGGACUUUGAGGAAAUCAUGUGUAAAUUAAAGAGUUAUCUCCUCACACCCUUCGUUAAAGAAAACCUGGUGACAGUUGCUGUGGGAGGAGGUCACCGACAGAUCAGCUACGCUUACUUUACUGCGUUUAUUUCGUUACUGAAUAACCUGGAGUUAGUACAGAAACUUUACCUUGCCUGUACACGACGGGAUAAAACAAUGGAGGUUACUAAAGAGGAGUUGAUGUACCAGUCCCAGGAAUUUGCUCAAAUUACACCGCUAGAGAUCGACAUCUUGUUCCAGUUGAUUGGACUGAAACAUCAAACAGGGAGAAUAACUUAUGAGGAUAUUUCAGACCUUUCCCCUGCCGAGGGAAGAGAGACGCCUUACUCUAUUCAGAUGCAAAUAGCACAGGAACACUUGGAGGAAAAGCUGGCCUUGGAACAGGGAACGGAAAGGACGUUCUUUAUGGAGGUUCUGGAGAGCGGUUACAGAUUUAUCCUGGGAUCUAUAGCUGGAGCUACUGGGGCGACAGCGGUAUACCCGAUUGAUCUGGUGAAAACCAGGAUGCAGAACCAGAGGACUGGCCCGAUGGUAGGAGAGUUAAUGUAUAAAAACAGUUGGGACUGCUUCAAGAAGGUGAUAAGACACGAGGGAGUUCUAGGGCUGUAUCGAGGACUGGGGCCGCAGCUUGUGGGGGUGUGUCCUGAGAAAGCCAUCAAAUUAACGAUGAAUGACUUCAUGAGAGACAAGUUAACCUGUAAAGAUGGCUCCAUACCCAUAUGGGCAGAAAUGGUUGCAGGAGGCACAGCUGGAGCUUCUCAAGUUAUGUUUACCAACCCGCUAGAAAUUGUCAAGAUUCGACUUCAGGUGGCGGGGGAGAUGCACGGGAAGGCUAAAGUCAGUGCCUUUACGGUCAUCAGGGAGCUUGGCUUCAUGGGACUUUACAAGGGGUCCAGGGCUUGUUUCUUGAGAGACAUACCUUUUUCAGCCAUUUAUUUCCCAGCCUAUGCCCACACAAAGAAAGCGUUGGCUGAUGAGAAUGGCUACAACUCCUGGGGAACGUUACUUCUGUCCGCUACCAUAGCAGGUAUGCCCGCUGCAGCUAUUCCUACACCGGCUGAUGUGAUCAAAACCAGACUUCAGGUACAAGCUAGAACAGGGCAGACGGCAUACAAUGGAGUUAUUGACUGCAUCCGUAAAAUCUACAAAGAGGAAGGAGGCUGGGCCUUCUGGAAGGGAACACCAGCUCGAGUAUUCAGGUCUUCCCCACAGUUUGGUGUGACACUGCUGACAUAUGAAGUUCUUCAGAGGUUGUUUUAUGUGGACUUUGGUGGAAGACGUCCGCAAGGAUCCGAGCCCCAGUCCACACAGCUGGAGAAGCAACUUUCCCGUAACCCGGAUCACAUUGGGGGCUACCGGCUGGCUCUGGCCACCUUCAAUGGGAUGGAAUCUAAGUUUGGACUGUGUUUACCCAAGUUCAAAAGCUCAAUACAAACAUGAUUUGUAUGAAUUUUAGGAUGUAGUUUGUGAAGACUUUAGUGAUUUUAGGAUAGGUAUUGAAACCAUUCCUUGAAGAUACCCCUGUUGUUAUUUGCAGAGAGACUGACUGGUCUGCUGUAUCACAUUGUUACUAUUUAUAGAUUCUUUGUUGAAUAAGUUACUCAGAUGUUAAUGAAAAUGUUUAUCACAUAUCAAAAGAUAUUGGUAAGGGUAAUUUGGCUAUAUUUGUUGAACUUGAUUGCACAUGCUGUAAACCACUGUUGUAGGCUCCGGUGUAGUGCGAUCGGUGUGCAAGCAUUUUGGGAUGAAACGGUUCAUUGCAGUUUUGAUUGUAAACGAUUCUUUAUACACUGUUGAAUUUGCUUUUCAAAGUGUAUGAGUUUUGGUCCAAUACAAUGUAUAAGAUGCUGGAGGAGUAAAGAGAAUAGAGAUUGUCUCACUGAAAAUGAUGUCUUGUAAAUAUACAGUAAAACAUGGUUAUAGUGAACCUUCAGGGCCAGCGGAAAACAGUUCAUUAUGACCAAACUUCAUUAUACAGUAAAACACGGUUAUAAUGAACCUUCAGGGCCAGCGGAAAACAGUUCAUUAUAACAAACUACAUUAUACAGUAAAACGCAGCUAAAGUGAACCCCCAGGGCCAGCGAAAAGUAGCUCAUUAUAACCAAAUUUUUAUUAUACAGUAAAAGACAGUGAUAGCAAACCUCCAGGGCCAGUGAAAAAUAAUGAACCCACAGGGCCAAUGAAAACAGUUCAUUAUAACCAUACUUUGUUUAAAAUACAAUUUGUUUUCCUCUACAAUCAACAAUUAUUUUCCUCUCACAGGGAAAUAGAUAAGCGUGAAUUCGUUAUAAGUGUGGUUUACUGUAUAUGUAACUUGUCAAAUAUUUUUAUUUUAGUAAUACUGCUUCCGAUUGAGUAAACUGCCAUUUGAUUUGAAAGGACACAUUGUGAUAAAUACUCAAACUGUAUUGAAAAUAAAAGUCUGCCAGAGUGUACAUAUCAUUCACAGGUAAAGCUUAUUAGUGGGAAAUGUUUGACAAUAUUUUGAUUUUACUAAUGAAAAGGUUGCAGUUAUGUUGGUUAGAGUCACUAUUGCUUAUUAUUUCUCAAGUUUCUAUGUAAGAAAUCUAUUUCAGGUUUUUAGUGAGAUGAUAAAGUAUAUGCAGUUUUUUUCUUGGCAUAUUUAUGCCCCAGAGAUCAAUGGCAUGUUAUACUGGGGUUGUCUGUCUGCAACAUUGGCCAUUCAUGUAAACUUCUGAACUUCACAAGUUGGUAGAUUUGCUCAAUGAAUUGCAAGGUCAAGGUAAAAGCUGUAUAGCACACUAAAAUCAAGGUCAUGUCAAAGUUCAAACUGGGUUCAGCAUUAUGGCGUGUUUCACACUGCUAUAUUUUGUCUGUUUAUAUGUAUUGUAUCUAUCGUGUGUUUGAACAUUUUCUUAUUUCUGAUGAAAUACUAAUGGCCCAGAUAUUGAUUAUUUUUCUUUCUUCGUUUUUACCAAGUUUGGUAUAAAGCACACUUGGGAUAAUGAGGAACAGAACUUGAUAUUAUUGGUCACUGUCCCUCUGCAUGGGGUGCAAGGCAAAACCUUUAAAGAGGGUACAGAAUUUAAAAAAUCAUCUUUACUCAAGACAUCUAGCAGACAAACACUGUAUAUAACCAGGAGGAGCAAGGAGGCCUCUGCCAAAACGAUGAAAUUGAUGGCUCCUGGGUCAGGGGGUUUUGGUGCUAGGGUGGGUGAAGGCUCUAUGGCUGCAAUAGUAAAAGUAAAUUAUUUAAUUAGAAAUAUUCUUGUGGACCUCAGGACAUUAAUUAAAAAGUUAGAAAUCUUUGUCCAGGUUAUAAUUUUGUAAUGACCAAAUGGUAGAAGCUCAUAUUUGGGCUUAAGGUGUGUUGUGAGCUGUAUCUGUGUAAAGUUAAGUGACCCAGCUCAAAAGUUUUGCUUGAAUUCAGAAACAUUUGUACAGAGCAUAAUUUUUUUUUUAUGGAGAAGCUUCAGAUGAAAUGGAAGGAAGUUGAGAUAGCGCACAAAACGUGAAAACAUUGAAAGGCUGUACAGAAGUAUAUACGAUGUGCAUGUAACAAUCUGUAUUUUGAAAUGUCUCGAUUCCAAGGUACUGAAAAUUGGGAAUUUACAGCUCAGCUGUUAUUCUUGUGGUUCAAUGUUUUUCCGUCGCUGCGAAUUAGUAUCUCUGAGAGGAUAUACAAAGUAUUUCUUCUGUGAGUAUCCAGGUACAUGUGUAUAUAUGUAUUGAAAAACAUUAUUUCCAAAUUUUUAUAUUUGCUUUGUACAUACGAACACGCAUUUGUUUUUUAAAGCAAUUUUGUUCCAACUGUAAUAACAUGCAAGAUGUGUAUAAAUGAUUUGAUCUUUGUGUGAUGUGACUGAUGCGAAAUACUGCAAAAUUUUGUUAUGGUUACCGAGAGAAGUGUACCUUCUAAGAAUUGGGUUACUGGUUGUAAGAAUUAAUGAUUGUUUGCAAGAAAAUGUUCGAAUACUGAAGAUUUCUAUUUAGGGUAAAUGGUGUAAAUGUACAUUUGUCUGUUUAUUAUGAAGCGUUCCUUGUCUCCACAGUUUGUUUUUGUGCAGUGCGAUUUAUUUUGAUUAUUGAAAAAAUAUAUUUUUAUCAUCAGCACACUGGCAAUCAACAGAGCCAUAAAUGCGGAAACUAAUUUGUUUAUUUCAGUAAAUUAUCGAACUUAUUUUUGUACAAGUUUAAAUAAAUACACUGUAUGUUACAUACAUGUAUGCUUACAUAUUUUGAAUUUCUAGAAAUAUUUCAUUCAUUCUACUGUGGUCAUUCAAUUGAUUUUAGUCAGGAAGAAUGUUUGAUUAAGUAUACUAAUAGGGUUAGCAUCAAUAUUGAAAAGUUACGCUGAAAAAUAAUUCGGAAGGGAGAUGAUUAGAUUCAUCCAUUUUCAAUGUAUAGUCACGUGGGAUCCAUCAAAAUUUUUCAGCACAUGCGAAAUCUUUUUAUGAAUUUUCUGUUCAUUUGAAAAUUUUCUUCCUCAAAUGUCCAUUUUUGAAAGUUAUGAAGUUACAAAGUUUUGAUGAGUAUCAAAAGUUUGAAUUGAUGUUUUACAUUGUGGUGUAUAAUUAAACAAAAGUGAGUACAUUUUCAGUUGCACAAUGAGCUACAAGUACCAGAAAACCACGUUACCUCUUGUCUUUUAGUAUCUAGUUCACACGAGCCAAAGGCUCCAGGGCGUAUUUCUGGUCAAUAUUUGUCGCAUGUCUAUUCAACACAUCUGUAAAUUAUUCAAAUCCUUUUAGAAAGAUUGCUUGCAAUGUCUUCAGCAACAGCACCUUAGUUUUAUUAAUGGCUAAUCAUGAAAGACUGAGUAAUCGAAAUUUUUGAUAUUUUGGGCACGAUUCCGUUUGGAUGGGACAAACUAGUGGUUCGGGUGAAAUGCUAACUUUUUGAGUUGAUUAUAGUACACGAUUGCCGUGCUUUUUAAUUGGCAUAUGAAUUCAUAAUGGCUACAUAUUAUUUAACAAAACGUUAAUGCUCACAAAAUGCUGAAUGUUAAUUGCUCGGGUGAGUGUUGUGGCCCAUAGGCAUUUCAUGUUUUGUUUUACUAGUCAAAUUCAGUGUGAUAUCAACAAGUUCGUAAAGUCUCAAAUUAAAUGGCCAAAUUUUAAAACUAGUGAAUUGUUCUGUACUUUGUUUUUUUUUAAAUAUCUGGCAAAAAUUUGUAAUUUGCUAAUUAAUGCUGUUGCUGUAUUUUUUUUUAUCCAAGCGACAAUAUGAAGUCUGUGAUCUGUGUUUUACUAGGCAGUUGCAUUUUCCAGUGUGUCAAGGCUUACAUUUUUAUAUGUAGAUGUUGUUGAAAACUGGAUUUUAAAAUUGAUAUCUUGCUGUAUUUGAUAAUAAUUUCACAGAUGCUUUUGAUAUUUGGUGAAUGUUCCAGGUGCAUUGUUUACUGAUUAUGAUAGACUAUGAAAAUGGACAGAAAUGUGAAUGAUCAAUAAAGAAGUUUUACCAUU